AUAAUCGGCCCUCUAUACCCUUCGUCCUCCACGCUUCUCUCUCAGAUCUGCAACUGCAAAAUACCAAAUCGAAAUCUCUCAACAAUGGCAGCAGUGGCAGCAGGACCGGACCACCUCUUCAACCUCCGCAACAACUUCUACUUGGGUGCCUACCAGGCCGCCAUUAACAACAGCGACCUCCCCAACCUCUCCCCUGACGACGCCGUCGAGCGCGACUGCCUCGUCUUCCGCUCUUACAUCGCCCUCGGCAGCUACCAGCUCGUCAUCACUGAGAUCGACGCAUCCGCCGCCACGCCUCUUCAGGCCGUCAAGCUCCUCGCCCUCUACCUCUCCGGCCCCGAUUUCAAGGGAAUUGUGCAGGAAUCGGCGAUCUCGAAUUUGAAGGAGUUGUUGGCGGAUCCGGCCGUCGGAAACAACCCUACUCUGAGGCUGAUUGCUGGGACGGUUUUCAUGCAUGAGCAGGACUACAAUGAAGCUCUCAAAUACACCAAUUCCGGAGGCACUAUGGAAAUGAAUGCAUUGAAUAUCCAGAUAUUCCUUAAAAUGCAUAGGUCAGAUUACGCGGAGAGACAGCUGCGGCUCAUGCAACAGGUUGACGAGGACCACACACUAACUCAACUUGCAAUGGCAUGGUUAAAUCUGGCAGUGGGUGGUUCCAAGAUACAGGAGGCAUAUCUCAUCUUCCAAGAUUUCUCUGAGAAGUCUCAGGCUACGAGUUUGAUCCUCAAUGGAAAGGCUGUUUGCUGUAUGCAUAUGGGAAACUUUGAUGAAGCCGAAACACUACUUCUUGAAGCACUGCAAAAGGAUGCAAAGGAUCCAGAAACUCUAGCCAACCUUGUUGUAUGCUGUCUUCACCUAGGAAAACCAUCUUCUCGUUUCCUUAGCCAGUUGAAAAUUGGGCACCCAAAUCACUUGCUCGUCAAAAGGGCCGCGGAGGCAGAACAGAACAUUAACCAGCUCUUCAAGCAGUUGGUUGAAACCUCAGAAGUGGUUUGUACACAAGAGCCGAUUAGUGCUAUUAUAUGCUCCUUACAUCUUUCGCGACGGCUCAUCUUUUGAUUUGUAAACUGAGAAGAUAUAAAUUCAACUGAAAAGAUGUAUUUAAUAGACACAGGUCAAAUCUUUGGGUUUGGUUGCUUGAUAUUUCAACGAUAUGGAGUCCAAGUUUGUGAUUAA